UCGGGCGUAUUGCCAGCAUUCAUGAAAGGAAAUUGAAUGCAACUGUUGCACGAGGGCGCUUUGGGGAAAAUAGUGUUUUCUUUCCAAGAGUUCCCUCGCAUGCUGUUUUCACGCAGACAAGCAAUUCGCCGCAACGUUGUCGUCCUCGUCUGAAUUCUUUUCCGUUACACCCCAAAAUGAAUUCUUUGCUUUAGUUGCCACAUUCCUGAAGAUUCAGACGUUAUCGCAGGAGUUCGGGGUUUUUCUCUCGUAUCGGUUCUUGAGGCGGCUCUCCACGCUGCAGUCUGUCGUUCGUGUCACCGAAGUGAAUGGCAAGAUCUUCAAGGUUUCACUAGGGGUUCUCUGCUCCCUGCUGCGACGAUGGCAGCGCCAAACUCCUUCGCCUUUUCUGCUGACCAGCAGCGAGCUGCUUGGCAGGCCAACCAGACGCCGUCCGCUCUGCAUCCGUCGGCUGCAACGUCAUAUCCGCAACAAAAUGCGUUUGGGCAACCGCAGCAGCUGCGCCCUCGUCACAUUCACAACUCUUCUGGAAUUUCACCACAGGGAAUGCCAGUGGAAGGCGCUGGAAGCCAGCCGGUGGCAGCGCGUCCGCAUCAUGUCGGGGAGGGAGCGGUGGGAGCUCCAGCAGUGUGGAGUUCUCCGUUUGGGGGAGCUUCGCAGGCUGCCGCUGGGUCAGACGGGAUUCCUCAGAACACCGGCCGCAUGCCUCAGCAACUGGGGCAGAUGGUGUCUCAGCAAAACGAAGGCAGGGGUUCUGCUCCCGACGGGAGUACGGACGUUCAGAAGGCCAUGAUGCAUAUGAUGCUCAACACCGUCGCUGACAACUUGUCGACCCAGGCGGCUUCGCAGGUGUCUCAGCUUCAGAAGUGGUUUCCGUCCGCGAUCGCGGUCCUGCGGCCGUACUUCAGUGUCAGUCAGACACGCGUCCGGCAACGCCUCCUUCAGCUCCUCUUUCCCUUUCUCUCGCUCUGGCGAUCCGCCCCGGCCGUGGAGGGGCGGGCGCUGUCGACCAAAGACAUCGGCGGCGACGGCUCUCACGUCGCUUUAAACGCUCUGCCUCGCGACCUAUACACGCCACUCAUGGCGCUAGUGACGUACGUGCUUCUCUACGCCUUGACAAGAGGCGCAGCGAACGAUUUCCGGCCCGAACUUCUCGGCAGCACGGCCUCCGUCGCCCUGCUUCUCCUUGUCGCCGAAGUCGUGGUUGCAAAAGUCGCCUUCUACGUCUCCGGAGCCGGAGGCGUAUGCACACUCGACCUUUUCUCCUUCUGCGGCUACAAGUACGUGCACCUGGCCCUCCUCAUCGCUUUUCGCCUCUUCCUCAAUACGCUGGCCAGCUUGGAAGGCGCUCCCGGCGUCCAGGGAAAUGCAUCGGGCGCUCUCAGCCCGACAGGCCUAAGCUUCGAUGACUCAGCACAGAUUCCGGAAGUUGCCAACGCUGCUGGAGCACCCUCCAGUUCCCAAAACUCGUUGAGUUCUUCCGCAGCAUCUGGCGACCGGCCGUCCGCAAGCGGUGCGGGACUGAUAAACAGUGGAGGCCUUACGGGGCUUUUUACCGUUGCCUAUGUGUACCUGUUUGCGUGUGCGGCGGCGGAACUUAUCGUCCUUUUGAGGGGUGCGACGACACGCUGCUUUCAGGAAAGUGAGGCAGCAAGUGGCUGGCAAGUUAGUCGGGACGCGAGUUGCCAGGCGGGACCAAAGUCUGUCAUUUUUGCUCUAGCACUGCUUCAGGUGCCUCUCUGCUGGCUCCUGACGCCGUCCUUUUCUGUCGCGAAGUCAACCUAAGCUCGCGAGGCGAGACAAAGCCGCCACGCUCCCUUUUUCAAAUGCUGUACCCAUGUG